GCUUCGGAGAGGUUCAGAGAGAGAGAGAGACAGAGAGGUGAAAUGGCUGCUAGACAGAGAGCAGCAACAACGCUGCCAUCUCUUAUACGUGCCCUUCGCAAGGAAUCCCCGAAACCUGCAAACCAAAAUCUACCUUCUCUGAAGCGCGCCUUUUCCCUCUACGAUCAGAUUAAUCUCAUCGAUCAAAUCCCGGAUGAUCAAUUGGUUUUCCAAAGCGUUGCUGAUACAGGUUUUGUGGUAAAUGGUGUUAACUAUGAAGGUAGCUUGCUUUGUGUUGGAAACUUGCUCUUAUCUUGGAGCCCCAAAAAACUCUCGGAGAUUACUGCAGAUAGCUUAUCAAUCUUCCAAGUCAUGAAGCCCACACCAGAGAUUUUGAUUCUUGGCUGUGGAAGGCACAUUCAACCAGUGGAUCCUGAACUUCGACGCUUCAUCAAGUCUACUGGCAUGAAAUUGGAAUCCGUUGAUUCGAGGAAUGCUGCAUCAACCUACAAUAUUUUGAAUGAAGAGGGGAGGGUUGUGGCUGCUGCCCUUCUUCCAUAUGGAGUUUCUUCAUGAGACCUCAAGGACUCGAUGUGUAAGCAGUUGGUAUUGUUAUUCUAUCUCCUUUCAGUUGACUCAAUCACUAACUGCAUCUCAGUUCCCUUUGUAGGGAAGCCAUGAAACUAUUGAGGAUAUCAAAGCCUCCCAGUUGAGUAAAAUAGCCAACCAAAUUUGCAUAAAAUCCCUGGUUUCUUGUGAACAUAGCUUUGUUUAUUAAUUCUUUUUCAGAAUAACAUAUGGUGAUGCAAAGUGAAUCAUAGCGAGAUCUGCUUAUGCAAUUCUAGGGAUUUGGAACCCUAACUUUCAUUAAAAUCAUCUGAGAACAAAUGGAAUUUUUCCUUCUAAGAUUUGAACCAACAGUGAUUUGUGUUUUAUG